UUUCGAAUUUCAAGAUUGCUUUCUUUAACACCGGUUUUACUUCGUUGCUUAAUGGAGAACUUAUCACUAGCAGAAUACAUUUUAUUCGAUAGGCGUAUCGUAAUCAAAAUGAGCACCACUAAAAAAUUGUAAAUAAACCAUCAUGUGCCGCAAUGGAAAACCACGAAAAUUAUUCUGGGUAUAAAUGGGAAGUGUUAAAGAAAUUAUAUGAACGAAACGAAAAUGAAAGAAAACGCUACGAAGAUAUUGUACAUUUAACCAACAAUUUAUAUGAAUCACUUGACUGGUUUCAAAAAGAAAAUAGAAGGCUAAUUGUUUCCAGUGCUAGACUUGAAGAAAUAUUUGAACAUCAAAGUAACGUCGAACCUGGGUCUUCUAAAUCUGGAGAGAGAAAUACUUUGGAAAAGAGGCACAGUGUUUUGCAAGAUGAACUAGCUGAACUGCAUAGACAAAAAGGAGAAUAUGCUGAGCAAGUAAUAAGUCUGAGAGCCGCCUUAGAUGAAAAGGAAAAGGAAAUAACAGAGAAAAAAGCUGAAAUUCAGGAACUGAAAGCAUCCUUAACUGCCACAGAAGAGCUUUUGAAUCAAGUUCAAAUUAAAUUGGCUGAUACAGAAAGUCAACGUCAAUUCAUUAAAGAUGAAUAUGCAGCUUUGCAAAUUACCUAUGCAAGUAUGGAUGAGAAGAAACAAAAAUUGGAAAAAGAAAAUCAAGAAUUAAUUACUCGUUUGAUUCAAUUAAAAGCAGAAGAUGCUGAUCGAAUGAAUGCUGAGACGGAGUUAUUUAUGAGAAAGAAGCAAGCGAAAUUGCAAAAAGAAUUAGAAGAAGCUGCCAAAGAACCUGUUGCUAUUGAUACUAAUAAGAUAAAAAAUACUGUUUGUUUAGAUGCUAUUGUGCCAAGAAAAGUCCAAAACAAAUUUAUAGCUCAUGAUGGUGAAGUUAAUGCUGUUGCAUGGACUCAUUCAGAUUUUAAAUUUGUUACUGCUGGUGGUGAUCGCAAAGUAAAAGUGUGGGAUUUUGUUUCAGGUCAAGCCGUUUUAAAAGGAGUUGCCCAUGAAAGUAAUUCAUCUGUUCAUUCUGUUGAUUUUGAUGCUGAGGAAACAUUAAUACUUGCAGCAUCAUGUGAUUUUGCUAGUCGAAUCUGGAGCAUAAGUGAUAUGAAAAUCAAGCAUACUCUGACUGGACACAGUAACAAGGUAAUGUCUGCGAAGUUCCUUGGCGAGACCGGCAAAGUCGUUUCUGGCAGCCAUGAUAGAACUCUUAAGAUUUGGGACUUGCGACGCAGAGCUUGCGUUCGAUCGAUAUUUGCUUGCUCUAGUGUAAACGAUGUAGUCACAAGUGAUAGGAAUGCAACCAACAUUGUUAGCGGACAUUUCGAUAAAAAGAUAAGAUUUUGGGAUAUGAGAUCCGACUCCAGUACUAAUGAAAUUUUAUUGCAGGGACGAAUAACUUCACUUGAUUUAUCUCUAGAUGGAUAUUCAUUACUAAGCAGUGUCAGAGAUGAUUCUCUCAAACUCAUCGAUUUCCGAAUGAAUAAUGUUGUUCGUACGUUUAGUUCUGACGGAUUUCUGAUUGGUUGCGACUGGGCACGAGCGAAAUUUAGUCCAGAUGGUCAAUUUUGUGUCUGUGGAUCGCAGGACGGUUGCAUAUACAUCUGGGUUGUGUCUACGGGGGCCUUAAAGAAAAUUUUAAGAGAACAUUGCUCUACUGUAAUUGCUUGUGCAUGGAGUUGGUGUGGAAAUUAUCUCCUUAGUUGUGAUAAAAGCAGAAAUGCCAUUUUAUGGUCUGAGUUUUAAAGGAGUUCAUUUUCUCCUCAGUCUUGGAAAAUCUCAUUAUACAUUGGAAUCCUGAUCAUUGUAAACACAUUAUUUACAAACAUGUAUAUAAAUUAUAUAAAAAAAGGAUGUUGUUAUGCAUAAUACUUACUUUUAGAAUAACAUGUUGUCAACAUAUUAAAAACAUUCAUACUUUUUAAACGCUUUAUCUAUAUAUUUGUAAAUAAACGUGUAUGUGUUUUAUUAUAAAAUCAUUUGUGAAUAAUUUUUCUAUUGUGUACAUAAGUAAUCAAUUAUGAUUUUUUUUUCUUGUGAAACAUUACUAGUAUAAGUAAACAUAAAUUAAGUCCUUCAAACUAUAGGUACAUACUCCUAACGUGAAUUGGGCUUUAUAAACAAAUUAAAAAAUCAAAAACAAAAUCGUAAAGGAUUAUUUUUCUGAAAACUUUAAUAGAGGAAAAAUUUACUAUGCGAUCAUUAUUUUCUGGAAGCUAGAAUUUUUGUAUGUCCAGAUGUGAUAUUGUUUAUAUUUCGGCCAUUGUAAGGAAUUUGUUCUUUUUCCCUUUGUUUUAUUUUAAUAGUUAAAAACAUUAGGGGUUUUAGUAGUUUUAAUUCAUUUAAAGUAGUUAUUUGUGUAAUUGUAGCAUCAAUUUGCAAAAUAUAACUACUUUAUUACUAAGAUGUCAGAAAUAUGUACACAUGUAUGAAUUCUUAUGGAGGAUGAAUCAAUCGUCGAAACAUUAAUUUUAAUAGCAUUAUUAGGAUUGGAUAUUUCUGUAAGCUCUUUGUAUGAUUAAUGUUAGAUGUUUAGGAAAUGGAAUUCUCAUUUGUUAAAAUCAUCAUCUUGUUGUGGAAUAUUUAUUAAAAUAUUCUGCUUAUUUUUUUCUAUAAAUAAUGCUUUGAAUAUAAAGAUUUUAUAAAUUUUAUUUAUCUAAAUUUUUUUUGUCAUAAUUUUGUGGAAUUUUUAUUGUGGCCAUUUACCAGGUAUAACAGCUACAAAAAUGGAUAUUGUGCAAGUAUUAAAAAUUUUUGUUAACAA